UAUGCUACCACGAGUUGUUUAUAAUAAAUUCCAAGAACUGAUAAUAUAUGUGAAUACUAAACUCCAAAUAAUUGCUGAUCAUAAUUUUAAGAAUCAGAAUUAUCUACUCGAGAUUUGUUCUUAAAUUUUUGUUCCAUGAAAUAUAUUUCAAAUAGAUUUUCAUAAACUUUGUUAUUACAAUUUUUAUUAUUAAGAAAAUUAGUAAAUUACAUUAAAUAUAAAAUCUUGGCGACUUCCCACCAAAGGAGGAUUCCUGAAAGCUAUGUUGUGCACAGUGGGAUAUGCAAAAACAUUUUUCUAUUUGAGUGACGACAUAAUUUAUAAACCAUCAUCAACUAUACGUUUUUUCAAUCGUAAUGAAUAUUAUUCUCUUCAUGGUGAGGAUACUGAUCUGGCUGCCGAAUUUUUAUCUACCCCCGUGAAAUAUAUGGGCGAUGAACCGAAACUGAGCUAUGUAACUGUCAGUAAGGGACAAUUUGAAUUGUUUCUAAGAGAACUGUUAAUCGUCCGGCAGUACAGGGUCGAAGUGUACAUCAAGCAGUCUACAAAAGGAAAUCAAUGGGCUUUGGAAUAUAAAGGAUCUCCUGGAAAUUUGAGUCAAUUUGAGGAUUUACUUUUUGAAAAUGUACCUAUUGAUUUCACAAAUUGUGUCAUGAGUAUUAAAAUAUGUCCCAAUAAAUUACUGGCAUUGAGUUGUGUUAAUGUCACUGAAUGUAAAUUUGAAGUAUGUGAAAUUACGGAUAACGACUCAUUUUCGGAACUAGAAGGUUUGAUUGCUCAGAUUGGUCCCAAGGAAUGUAUACUACCAAAUGGAGAAACACCUGAUCUGGUUGCACUUAGAAAAGUUUUGGAAAGGAAUGGCAUUCUAAUAGCGAAGGUUAAAGCAUCGGAUUUUGCAGGAGAUUUAGCACAGGAUUUAAAUAGACUUUUAUACUUUUCGAAAGACCAACAAAGAAACUGCUUUUCUUAUAAGGAAACCAAUUUCAAGAAUGCACUAGGUUGUUUAUCUGCUCUCAUUAAAUUUCUCAAUUUAAAUGAAGAUGAGAAAAAUUUUAAUCAAUUCAAGCUCAGUACUCUAGAUGCUCGCAGGUUUGUAAGAAUUGAUAAUGCAGCUUUGUUCGCCCUUCAUGUUAUACCUAAAGCUUCAAAUACAGGCCCAAACAAUUAUUUUAAACGCGUUGAUAAAUCAUCCAGUCUGAAAGGACUUUUAGAUAACUGUGCUACAGCUCAAGGAAGUAGAUUAUUGGAACAGUGGAUAAAACAACCUUUAAAAGAUAUUCAUGCUAUAAAUGAAAGAUUGGAAGUGGUGGAGUGUAUUUCAAUGAAUCUCGACAUUAGAACACAACUCGUUAAAGAAUGGUUACCCAGAGUUAUGGAUUUGGUGCCAUUAUCUAGAAAGAUCGGUUCGAAAAAUGCCACUCUUCAGGAUUGUUACAAGGUAUAUACAGCUGUUAGUACUAUACCUGCCAUUAUUAAAGUAUUGAGAGAAUUAAACAACAAAUUCGUAAAUGAUAUGUUAGUUGAUCCGUUAUCAGAACUAUCAUCAGACAUGCAGAAUUUCCAAAAUAUGAUAGAACAAACUCUAGAUUUUGAGUUGGUUGAUAGAGCGGAAUUCUUAAUAAAAAGUUCUUUCGAUGAAAGUUUAACUGAGUUAGCCCAACAAAAAGAUGAAAUUCAAGAAAAAAUGCAAAAAGUGUUAAGUAGAGUUGCAAAUGAUUUGGAUUUGGAUAAAAAUAAAGGUGUCAAACUAGAAUAUACUGAACAACUUGGUUAUUUCUUUAGGGUAACUUUGAAAGACGAAAAAUCGUUGAGAAAACACAAAGAUUUUAAAAUUUUGGGUGCAAUUAAAGGUGGAGUUCGAUUUACAAACAGCAAGUUAUCUGAUUUAAGUGAAAGCUAUAGUGUUGUUAAUGAAGAGUAUAAGGAACGUCAAAAGAAUGUUGUGAAAGAACUUAUUGAAGUGGCUUCUGAAUACGCAGAUACUUUGAAAAAUCUCAAUAUACUUGUAGCAAAGGUAGAUGUAUUAACAUCUUUCGCUAUAGCAGCUAUUUCCGCUAGAAUUCCUUACAUGAAACCCAAACUACUUCCAGGAGGAUCAGGUAUUUUGAAAUUAAAUAAAGUGAGACAUCCAUGUAUCGAGGCUCAAGAAAAUAUUUCUUUUAUUCCAAAUGAUGUUAGUUUUGAAAAAGAUGGCAAAAAAAUGUUUAUUAUUACAGGUCCAAAUAUGUGUGGAAAAAGUACAUACAUAAGAAGUAUAGGUACUGCAGUUUUGAUGGCUCAUAUUGGGAGCUUAGUUCCUUGCUCGGCAGCUGAGAUAUCUGUUGUAGAUGCUAUUUUAGUUAGAGUUGGUGCUGAGGAUUGUCAAUUGAAAGGUCUUUCAACAUUUAUGUUGGAGAUGAUUGAAACUUCUACUAUUAUUAAGACAGCUACCUGCGAUUCUUUGGUUAUUAUUGACGAAUUGGGAAGAGGCACUUCUACCUACGAUGGGUGUGGUUUAGCAUGGGCUAUUGCGGAGUAUAUUGCUAAUGUAAUCAAGCCUUUUUCUCUUUUUGCUACCCAUUUCCACGAAUUAAAUUUACUAGCUGAAAAAACAGAGUUUGUUGGAAAUCUACAUGUGUCUGCUCUAGUUACCGAUGAUGAAAUGACUCCAUUAUACACUAUACGUGAAGGAGAAUGCGACAAGAGUUAUGGCAUACAUUGCGCAAGAUUGGUGAAAUUUCCAGAUGAUGUUAUACAGGACGCAAUUAAAUACCAGAAAAAAUUAGAACAUCAAAGUGGAUUGAAAUAUAUUAAAGAUUUUGAACCAAGUGUCAAAAGAAAAAUUAUUUCAGAAGGUGAUGAAAUAAUAAAGAAUACAUUGAAGAAAUUCAAAUCAUUAGAUUUGGAUACGAUGACAGAUGAUGAAUUACAGAACUAUAUACAAAAAGCAAAAGAAGAAUUGGUUACAACUAACAAUCUUUUCAUUAAUGGGUUGUUAGAUCUUUAGAAAUAAUAUAACGAAAAAUAAUUGUCAAAGAUACAAGUUUUGUCAUAUAUUUCUUUAGAAAAUAGGUUACCAUGUUUUUCUAGUAUCUAGAUCUGAAAUAAAAGAAAGUUGUUUAGUAUCUAAGCUUAUGUUUUGUUUUGUACUAUUUUUUUUAAAUAAAUUGAAAGCUAAUUUGUUAUUUUUAUUAUUAGGUACUGUGUAUAUUGUUUUCAAAUAAACAAUAAGAUAUGUUUUAAACUAUAUUGUAUUAUAUUAUAUUAGAAAUUUCCAAAACCUAUAAAUAAGUGUAAUUACUCUUGAGCAGACUUUCGUAAUAUUUGUUUGCUCUUCUUAGGUUGAUAUUAGCAAUGAAAAAGUGAUUAUGUUCAGUAAUAAUUUAUAAAAACCAUACAAUUGAAACUUAUUCUUUUUUUUGCCUACUUCUUAUACACUUUCAGGUGUUGCAUUGAAACUCCUUAUACUCUUGUAAUAUUUUUCCACACUUUUCCGUUACUGGCAAAUAUUUUAAUUUCCUUCAGAUUUUUUCUUUUACUUCAUCCUAUAUCGGCUGAUCCUCUGAUUUUUUGGUAUUUCUCUUUUUCGUCGGUUGACUUAACCUCAUUAUUUUUCUGACUAUUCUUUGU